UCCUAAAUCAUGAUGCCCCUUGGUGACCCUCAGAGUCACAGAGAGGCAGGAGGUGUGGCCAAGGACAGUGAAAAUCAGUUAGUGGAGACCUACCUCACUGGACUUCCCCUUUCACUCUCAGAUGCUGCCAGGGUCCUGAAGAGGGAAGACACCAGAAAUCAGCAGGAUAUUUCACAUGAAAAUAUGGCUACUCACUUCUCUUAGAACAGUGGAAGAUCAGAGAGGGCUGAGGCCACCUUCCCUGUUGUAACGACUGCCUGGAACUAAGCCAGCCCCCAACUGCAGGCUCUGACCCAAACACGACAGCAUGCAUCUCCUCGGCCUCUGGUUCCUGCUCCUGGUUUCAGAAUUCCCGGCUUUCUCCGAGUCGGCUACUUGGAAUUUUAAGCACCCCAAGACCCUCUAUGCCUGGGAGGGAGCCUGCAUCUGGAUUCCUUGUGGCUACACCAACCCAAAGCCCAGGGAGCAUCUGGAAAACCUUGUCGUGUACCAGAAUCCCGAGUAUGACCCAACCACCAAGAACUUCAAAGGAACCGUCCUCUAUAAUCACACAAAGGCCGGGGGGCUCCCUUCUCAGCAGGGAAGGGUACAAUUCCUGGGAGAUUUACAAAACAACUGCACCCUGAGCCUCUCCCCGGUGCACGCCAACGACAGUGGUCAUCUGGGGCUGAGGGUGACAUCAAAGACCGACAAAUGGAUGGAGGAAAUAAACCUCAAUGUCUCUGCAACGCCUCUUGUACCGCGCAUCCAGCUUCCUCCAGAAAUUGAGGCAUCACAAGAAGUCACUCUGACCUGUUCGCUGAGUUUCGCCUGCUUCGGGUACCCCAUCAAAUUGCAGUGGUCCCUGGAGGAGCCCGCUAUCACCUCGACCACCCUCUCCCCCGAAACAGUCGUCACCCAGAGCAAGCUCACUUUUCGGCCUCAGUGGACUCACCAUGGGAAGAAUGUGACCUGCCAGCUUGUGACUGGUACCGAGGGGCAGGUGCUCUCUGAGCAGACGGUGCGCCUGGAAGUGAAGUACGUCCCACAGGUGGAGAUUGAGGUCAGUCCCAGUGAUGCCACUGUAAUAGAGGGGGAGUCGGUGACCAUGACGUGCCGGAUUGUCAGCAGCAACCCACAGUACAAGUCUAUAUCCUGGUUCAAGGAUGGGAUGCAGCUGAGUGCAUCGAAGACGCUCACGUUAACUCUGCCCCAAACGUCCAAGGAGAUGAGCGGGAAGUACCUCUGUCGGGCUUCCAACACUGUGGGCAGAGGCAACUCGAAAGAAGUGACCCUCCAAGUACAAUAUGCUCCAGAACCUUCCAGCGUUCUGAUCCACCAGUCACCAGCUAAGGAGGGAGCUACAGUAGAGAUGAUUUGUCAAUCACCAGCCAAUCCUCACCCAACAAAUUACACCUGGUAUCAUGAUGGGAAAGAGCUGCUAGGAAAGACAGAAGAGAAAUUCUACAUCCCACAGGUUUCCCUCCAGCACGCUGGGACUUACUCCUGUGUGGCAGAAAACAGGCUUGGGAUUGGACAGAUGGGCCCGGAAACUGAGCUGGAUGUGCAAUAUCCCCCAAAAGAGGUGACCACGGUUAUUCGAAGCCCUUUACCAAUUCGAGAAGGAGACCGUGUGACCCUGUUCUGUAACUACAACUCCAGUAACCCUCAAGUUACCCGAUAUGAGUGGGUCCCCAAAGGCCCGUGGAUUGAGCCAUCACCUGGGGUGCUGUUGAUUCAGAAAGUUGCUUGGGACACCACGUCGAUCUACUGUGCAGCUUGUAACCAGUGGUGCUCCUGGGCCCUUCCCACCCACCUGAAUGUCCAGUAUGCCCCCAGAGACGUGAGGGUCCUGGUGAUCGGCACCCACUCCGAGAUUCACUCCCGGCACCGGGUUCAACUCCAAUGCAAGUUCUCAACCAGCCACCCCCCAGUGAUCCGCUAUGUCUGGAAGAAAAAUGGAAGCUUUCUGAAGGAAGGAAGUGAGCUGAUCUUUGACUCCAUCACUCCAGAAGAUGCCGGAAAUUACAGCUGUACAGUCGACAACUCCAUAGGAGAGACCACGUCCAAGGCCUCAAUUCUCCAAGUGCUGUAUCCUCCUCGGAGGCUGCGGGUGUCCAUUGCCCCGGGAGACAGCGUGAUGGAGGGCAGGAAGGCAGCCUUGACGUGCGAGAGUGACGCCAAUCCUCCUGCCUCCCAGUUCACCUGGUUUGACUGGAACAACCAAAACCUCCACCAUGCUGGCCAGACGCUGAGACUGGAGCCUGCAAAGGUCCAGGACUCGGGUGUCUACCGGUGCCAGGGGGCCAACCGGCUGGGCAUGGGCGAGUCACCCCCUAGCACCCUCACUGUCUACUAUAGCCCGGAGACCAUCGGCAGGCGAGCGGCUGUGGCGAUCGGGAUCUGCCUGGCCAUCCUCCUUCUGACGAUCUGGGGGUUUAAGAUUCGGAGAAGCUGGAAGAGGAUUCGGAGUCAGCAGGGGCUUCAGGAAAAUUCCAGUGGUCAGAGCUUCUUUGUGAGGAAUAAAAAGAUUAGAAGGCCUCCCCUCUCUGAAGGCCCCCAAUCCCUGGGAUGCUACAAUCCGGUGAUGGAAGAUGGUGUUAGCUAUGCCACCUUGCAGUUUCCUGAGACCAGCACACCAAGAACUGGGGAUGCAGGAAUCUCAGAGAGGCAGGGGCCUCCCGCAAACAGGAAUGACACGGUCACUUACUCAGUGUUGCAGAAGCCUCGAGUGGUUGACUAUGAGAACGUGACUCCGAAUUUUCCAGAAGACGAGGAAAUCCAUUACUCAGAGCUAGUCCAGUUUGGGGUUGGAGAGCGGCCUCGGACCCAGGAAAGUGUGGAGUAUGUGACCCUUAAGCACUGACCUGCUGAAUCCAUGUGGUGGAGGUGCCCAGGGGACGGGGACAAGGGCAGCCCCAGAGCUUCCCCAGCCACUGCUGCUCAGCUGCUAAGUCCCCCAGCCCCUCCCUCCACACACACACACACGUAUAUGUGCACACGUAUGUGCACGCAUGGUCACUGCAGAGAACCUCGUGCCUGGAUCAGAGCCCGCCUUCUUUCUCGGAACAGGUAGCUCAGCCCCUCCCAAAGGCCUGCCCUGGGUCUUUUCCCACUCUUCUUAUCCUACCCAGAAACUCACCUAAACACCUGCCUGGAGCCCUGUACCCUCUUCACCCCCCCACCACUCCAGCCAUCUGCCACCAUCCGCCCCUUCCCCAGCCCCUACCCCAAGCUGGCUGUGUCCCUGCUGGGACUGGCUCGUCCCUAUUUCUUCUUCUGUUCCCAUCCCUUUGACCCGACUGACAUCCCUGCUCACUAGUCGUGCCCACCUUCUGCCUCUGGGAGAAGGUCAGGGAAGGACAGAAAUUAGCAGCAGGAGGCACUGUCCCCAGCCAGCCUCUCCUCCAGAAACCUGUCUAUGCAUAACGAGGCAUUCCACGGAGAUUCUGCUGCAGCAGCCCCUACCCACAGGGGUCUUAUGGACUGAGACGUAUUGGUGUGGACAGUGGAAUAGAGUUGCACGAUACACAUAGCUCAGUACCGCUUCAGAGAACCAGUCUGUGAAGGCAGAGCGGGCACAGGGAGAUGCGGCAGGCAUGGUGGGACUGGAAAAGAAGGAAAAGGAGCCUGGCGGAAGAUUGGAAAAGCGCAUUCGCAGGCAGGCAGGCAUGAGUUUCAGUCCUGAUUUUUGUAUAUAACUAGCUGCUAUGGUUGGGGUGUGGUGCCCUCCCCCGUGGCCACACUUCUGCUGUGGGCAGCGUUGGAGGAGGGGGCCUAGUGAGAGGUGUGAGGGACAUGGGGGCGGAUCCCUCAUGAAUAAGUAAUGUAGGCUGCUGGGAAGGAGCCAGUUCUCAUUCAUUAGUUCUCAUAAGAGCAGGCUGUGGUAACAGCAAGUGGGCUGCCCUAGGGUCUGUCUCUUGGCACCUGCCUGCCUUCUUUUCCACUUCGCUUGGCCAUGUGCACCACAGGCUGGUCAGAUGCUGGCCUCAUGCCUUUGACGGUUCCAACCACCAGAAUCGUGAGCCAAAUAAAUCUCUCUUCUUUAUAAAUCGUCCAGUCCCAGGUCUUUCUGUCAUGGCAGAAUGAACAGACUAAGACAGUAGCGGAGAGAUCUCGGGCAGCAUUUACCACCAGCCUGAGCCUCAGUUUCUUCAUCUGUAAAAUGGAGAUACGACUACCUGCCAUGCAGGUGGUUCAAGGUAGGAGUGAGGUUUAAUUUGUAUAUGCUGGAAUCACAGAAGCCAAAAGACCCUAAAACAACACAUUCCCCAGGUUGGCCCUCACAGUGCAGUGGUUAAGGGAGCCAGAUCCCACUUGGUCGACUGUGGCUCAAAUCCUGGCCCAAGCAGCUUGAAAAACACACCAGGUGCUUGUGUGUGUGUGUGCUCGAAA